AUGGCAACCCCCAGCGAAAUGAUGAACGAAAAAACAGACCUGGAGAGAUCCUCUCGGGAACCCGUCAACCCCGAAAUACUCAAUCCUUUAUUGUUCCUGUUGGCAUCUCGCCGCGGCGUGCGCAACGAUGAACGCUUCGCCGAGACCGCUGUGUCGGAUGACUACAUCAUGCGAUAUCAAGGCCAAUUCAUGAUCGUCUUUUGCAUGUUCAACAUGGGUUAUGUCGGUUCCGAUAUGAUUGACCACAAAUCCGAAGACCCAGAGUACAAGCUCUCUAUGCUCUACUCUCACUUGCGAAUAGGCGCCUACACUGCUCUUCUCACGACCUUUCUCCUUCUCGCGGCCAAGAGAUACGCAAAACGCCUGGCCGCCGCCGCCAUGCCGCCGCAGUAUGAUCCCACGUUCUACCAGUACCGAUUGACCAGCGCCUUGGAGGAACGCUGCAUAGAAUAUCGUGAAAUCAUCACCGCUAAUACGGAUGAGAUGAAUGGGUAUUGGAACGAACAACCAUCGCUGUGUGAACGGUUCCGGAUACUCGGACUGGUGGACCCUGAGCAGGCCAGUCAUGUAUACGAUGUGGUCGUGCGCUUUUACAACAACGGACACAUUUUAAUGCAGUUUCCAGCGGCAGAUCCGACGGCGAAGCGGCCAAUUGUGACCAUGUUGGCGAAUACAUCUUCUUGA